GUUUUCUUCACAUUCUUGAUUGGAGACUGAGAAACCUCAAUACGAAAAUAUCCAUAUUCUUCAACCUAUGUGAUCUUCUGUCUUUCUUCCUUUUCUCUCUGGGUUUUAGUUUCUGGGUUUGGUUCGGAUAAAAAGACGGUGCCGCAGUUUGUUUUCUUUUUAAGUGUUCAAAUGCUGGGUUUGGACUGAAAUUUAGCGCCUGGGUUUAAUUUGUGGCGAUUUUAAGGGAAACCCAUUUGAGAGGAAGAUUCUUUCUAUCUCCGUCUAGAUUUUUACUUCAUGGGAGUUUCCUGAUUUGAGAUAGAUGUGCUCGUGUCAAGUGUCUUUUUUUCUCUAAUGGCUUGGCUGAUUAACAGCAGAGGACUGGCAAACAAAGUGAAAAAUGCUGCUCGAUCGUCUGCUUAUCAAAUCAAAGACUGUGGGGCGAAUCGUGAUUGCCCAAAUUGCCAUUUUGUUAUAGAUAACAGUGAUGUUUUAUCAGAAUGGCCUGGCUUGCCAGCUGGUGUGAAGUUCGAUCCAUCUGAUGCUGAACUCCUAGAACACUUGGCAGCUAAGUGUGGUGUUGGAAACUCAAAACCGCACAUGUUUAUCGAUGAGUUCAUCCCAACACUUGAUGGGGACAAUGGAAUUUACUACGAUCAUCCAGCAAACCUUCCUGGUUCAAAGAAUGAUGGAAGCAGCUUCCAUUUCUUCCAUAAAACAAUUAAUGCAUAUGCUACUGGUCACCGGAAGCGCCGCAAGGUUGACUGUCAUCGGAGCUUGGCUGCAGAGCAUGUCCGCUGGCACAAAACAGGUAAGACCAAGCCUAUAAUGGAAAAUGGAGUUCAGAAGGGCUGUAAGAAGAUCAUGGUCCUAUACAAAAGUUCAAAGAAAGGUUCCAAAGCAGAUAAGUCUAACUGGGUGAUGCAUCAGUAUCACCUGGGAACUGAAGAUGGUGAGAAAGAAGGUGAAUAUGUGGUUUCAAAGAUAUUCUACCAACAGCAUAAGCAGUCAGAAACGAAUGACAACAAUUUGGUCAUUGAAGACGAUGUCAAUGCACUUGGAACUAGUCCAAGGACCCCCAUAACAAGUGCUCCAAAUCCACCCAGACCAGGGAACUCUGUUGGGUGUGAUGAUGUUCCUGAUGAAGAUAUGUUACACUCAUCUGCCAAGGAAGCAGAGCUGGUGCCUGGUACUCAGUUUGAGGACAAUAUAGGGGACAAUAACUGGUUGGCAGGCGAAUCUCAGGCUGAUGAAAACUGUGAUUUAGAUUGCUUGGAGGACACCUUGUUAUGCAAGGAGACUUUUGAUUCUUCCACUCUUCUAAAUGGUUCGUUCGCGGAUCGCAUAUCUAGCACUGACUUUCCAAGCAAUAUAUACGGGGUGACUGGAAAUAGCAGCACAUCAUGUGGAAUUGGUGACUUUGAGAACAUUGAUCUUGGUACUCCACCAGAUUUCCAGCUUGCUGAUUUGCAGUUUUGUUCCCAAGACAGUUUACUUGGAUGGCUAGACAGGUUAUGAGCGAUGAUGGAAGAGCUUCCGGGAAUAACAUGGAAUUCCCAAUUUUGUCCAAUCCCAGAGUCCAUUUAAAUGGCAUUUUUACCUACAUAUUCUUCAAUGGCAACAAGGAAAUUUCAUUUGCUUUUGGAGAUGCACGGAUUUUCCCCUUGCCCUCUGCAAGUUCUCCGAGCUUUUGAAGUGCCAAGGCAUGUAGCCAUGGAGUUAUAUAUCAGAAUCAUUCAGCUGUCUACUACUUAGAUUAGCAUUGAGAGCUCAGACCGAUGAACCAAAAAUUAUGCCUACAAUUCGUGUUCCUCUCGUUAUCUUGGCUCCUCCUAGUGUUAUUAGUGCACCUUGAAGGUGCCUAAGUUGGGUUGGUUGUUGUAUUAAUUACAGUUGGUGCUGUGUAUUAGUGAAUAAGUUAAGACGGUUUUUGUAAUCAGUGUGGUUUGUUCCUUGUAUGGUAUAGGUCAAAGCAUCUCAUGAGAUGCUCCCAUACUACUUGAAAACCAUGGUAGUAACCCCAAAAAAAAAAAAA